AUGGCACCAAAGAAAGACCCCAAGAAGCGCCCCAGGAAGCCCCAAUUUGAGGUCGGGGAGCGGGUGUUGUGUUACCGUGGGCCCCUGUUGUAUGAAGCGGAGUGUGUAAAGGUGUCUGUUAAGUACCGGAAGGUCAAGUACCUGGUUCACUACCCGGGGGGCAACGAGAAGGGUGCUGUGCGUACCCGCCUCUCUGAAAAGCUGGCCAAGAUGGAGGCCAGAGAGGCGGAAAAGGCCCAGGAGACGGAAAAGGCCCAGGAGGCGGAAAAGACCCAGGAGGCGGAAAAGACCCAGGAGGCAGAAAAGACCCAGGAGGCGGAAAAACCGGGUAAGGCCCUUAAGCCCCCAAAAGGCCGGAAGCCCCGCAGUGAGGCUCCAGAGGUGGGGGUGGCCCAUAAGUCCCCUAAGGCCGGUGAAACCAGUAAGGCGGGGGAGCCCAGUAAUAUUGGGGAGCCCAGAGAAACCAGUGAGCCUGGUGAAGACCCUGAGGCAGAGGCAGAGGAGACUAAGUCCAAAGGCAAGGGCAAGGGCAAGGGCAAGGGCAAGGGCAAGGGCAAAGGCAAGGCUGGUGGUGCUCCUUGUCCCGCUGGAGAUGGUGAUACUGAUUACAAGGAGGACUAUUGCCCUACUGCUGGCUGGGAUGAUGAGUGGGUUCCUGAGAGCAGGAUACUCAAGUAUUCUGAGACUAAUCUGCAGAAACAGAGAGAACUUCUCAAUAGCAAUGAGGAGUUAUCUGCAGAUGAGAAGGGGGGAGAGGACUUGGCCCCUGGUCAACAGUCGGAGGGUCAACAGGAGAAGAAUGUGGACAAAGAGGAAGCCUCGACUGCAUCCGGGCCAUCAGGGUUGUCCGCCAAAAAGAAGGAAAAGAAAAUGGUUGAAACUGGAGAAGGAAGCAGUUCCAGCGAAACAUCAACACCAUCCCGGCCUCAGCAUUCCAAGAGGAGAGCCCGCGUGUACUACGAGGUGGAGAGGCGAUACGUGAAAAAGACCGACAUUAAGGUGAACAUUCCCAAUGAACUGAAGCCGUGGCUCGUGGAAGAUUGGGAGCUGGUCGUCGCACAGAAGCAACUGUUUCACCUUCCGGCUGAGAAGAAUGUCGAUUCUAUUCUGGAUGACUAUGAGCAGUAUGAAAACUCCCAAGGAAACUUGGCAAAGUCGUAUGCAGUCACUGAAGUUGUGGCAGGGAUUAAAGCUUAUUUCAAUGUAAUGCUGGGCCCUCAGCUGUUGUAUGAUUUUGAGAGGCCCCAAUAUGCUGAGAUCUUAGGAGAUGAUCCUGAUGCUUCUCCAUCACAGAUUUAUGGAGCAGCCCAUCUCCUUCGCCUGUUUGUUAAAAUUGGAGAUAUGCUGUCCUAUACAGCACUGGAUGACCAGAGUGUGGCAUUACUGUUGAAUUAUCUCCAUGAUUUCCUGAAUUAUUUGGCAAAUCAUGCGCCAACUCUGUUCAAUGCCAGUGAUUAUGAGGUUGCUCCCCCUGAGUAUUUACAAAAAGUUGCCUAA